GGACCGGUUUUAGCGCGUCAACACCAAAAAGUUCAAACUGACGUAGGGCUCAGAAGAAAAAGCCGUCCUCGCCAUCGCUUCGAUUUCUUCUUAUCACACCCAUGCUUCUGCUAUUGCCAUGCGCCUUACUCUAGGGAAAGGUGCGACGGCCGUUUACAGGGCCAGGGCCGGAGUCAGUGUCUCAUCGCCGCUCUAUAGACGACAUGGCGUGAGAAACGUCCAAAUCAAGGCGGCGCCAUUGGGGGAACCUACCAUUGUCAAUGGAGUGAAUCUCCCCAUCUCCAGCACGCCUAGCAGUGCCUCAUCUGCCGAUGCCAAAUUCCACGUUGUCGGCACCCCAUAUUCGAUGCUUUCGGUUUCUUUAUCCGCAUCGCAGAACCUGUAUACCCAAAGGGGCACGUUGGUGGGAUUGAGCGGGAAAGCAGAUAAUGUAAUAUCAACACUAAGCGUCCUCGAGCCGUCCCGAAGAGCAAUUGUCGGAAUACCAUUCCUAUACCAAAAGAUCUCAUCUCCGAGUCCCAUCAAGGCCUUGGUAUCGGUCCGAUCACCGGUUACAUCUUUUGCCGUGGUACACCUAGAUGGAACAGUGGACUGGAUGGUGGCUCAACGACGAGCAUUGCUUGCAUGGACAGGACAUUCGUUGAAAAUCAAGCCCAGGAUCAAUACAAAUCUGAGCGUAACGAAUUGGGGCAGCUCUGAAGUUACAGGUCGAGGACUCCUGGCUCUCGUUGGGAGGGGUCAAGUAUACUCAGUUGAGCUGAAGGCUGGAGAGCAAUAUAUAGCUCACCCAAGCAAUAUUGUCGCAUACACGUUAUCAUCCACGCGGCCUCAACCAUAUCGUUUCAAGUCAACCACAUUACGCUUCCAGAUCCCGGGUCUACAGAUCCCUGAACUUCUACUAAAAUCACGAUAUGUUCGCGACUUGACAGCAUCCGACACCUGGAAGGCUUCUAUGAAGUUAAUCCAUAAUUUUCGCACAUGGGCCCGAAGGACAAUCUGGGGUGAUAGGCUUUUUCUUCAAUUCAACGGCCCCGCAACUCUUCUCAUCCAGUCUCGCGGAGCGCGUGUACGAGAUAUCAUGAGCGAUAAGGAAGUCAACGAAAUAGCCGACACACCCACCGGAGCCACCCUCGACGCCAUCAACAAACUCGAAGCUAGAACUAGUCCUUCCACAAACGAAAAUGAUAAAAUCGACUAUCAACGCGCUGCUGAAGAAGCCGUAUCUCAAGCUCCAGGGCCGUCCAGAACAGUCGAGGGAUUGACGCAGGAAAUCAAAGGUGUUAGUCAAACCAUCGCCACGAUCCGCGACGGUAAAGUUGAAUUCGAGAAGCUCAAGCAACAGAAUGCAGAAAUUGCUAGAAAAUGAUUAUACUAGUUUAUGCCUGUGUCUUUUUCUUGCUGAUGUUAUGUCCUUGCUGAAUCAUGUUCCAUUUGUUUCUGUUCUGGUUAUCCUCACAUACAGAUAGACUCAGUUACGCAGUAGCUUACAGGAUAACGAUGUACAAUAUCUAUUGAUUGAAGAUAGCCUUAGGCUUUAAAUA